UACUCUCACAAUACCACCUUCGAUUUUCUUUCUCGCUCUCUCGUUCUCAAUACAUCGAUGGCGAGAUCGGCCUCUUCUCUUCGCCACUGCCUCGUCUUACUCGCCCUGCUCGCUCUCUUAUUUAUCCACGUGUCCCAUGCAGUUGACCACCACUUCGAAGGCUUCGACUCUGACGAUGUUGCCGAAGACGAAGAGCCGGUCGCCGGAACCCUAGACCACCCACCUCCGAUCCAACUCACCCUUACUCACUCCGAUCCCACUCACUCCGAUCUGCCACCGCCGGAUCGGGAACAAGAGGAAGUUUCGGAGCCUUCUCAGCCAUCCGAUCUCCCACCGAAGCCCUCAUCCAACGGCCUUGAUUACUGGGACGAGGACGAGUUCGAAGGUCUCCCUGAAGAACAGUCCCCGGAGCCCCCAAAAUUGACCGAAAAUGUCACUCCGAAGGACCCUAGCUCCGAUCCGAAUAAGGCCGCGAAGCCCCAAAAGACCGCCGUUUCGAGAUCAUACGUAGUCGAAAUUGUGUGCAUAUCCUUCUUGAUCAUGUUCACAAUCAACUACUUUACCGGAAAGCGAGAGAAUGAGAACAUCGCAUUGGCGUGGGCGGCGAAAUUCGCGACGAAAGAUUCGAUUUUCGACAAGAAUUUCAGCCUUUUGGGCGUCGGAGACGGCGACGACACGCCGUUGUUGUUGAAGGAAGGGCAAAACGUGUUUAAAUUUUAUGCGAGUGGCCGGAGGUAUUGUUCGGGGCUGUUGGCGACGAUGGAGUUGCAGAGUAGGCAUGAUCUGAUAUCGAGGUUAUGCAAUUUGGUGGUGAGGGGAAGGGAUGAGAUCAGUUUCGAGGUGUAUAUGAAUGAAGAGGCGAUGGAUCAAGUGGUUUUUGCGUUGGCGAGAAGGAAGGCGGCCAAGGGGAUGCAGAAGGAGGAAAGGGACUUGCAGAGGUAUGCGAGUUUAUUGUCUGGGCCUACGGGUGGGCGCAAGUGGGUGGUAGAGGAGUUGGCGGUCAUUUCGGAGUCGAAGGAGGUGGCGGGAGAUUUGAUUACCGAGGCAGUGCUUGAGCAGGUUUUUGGUGAGAAAGCUUUUGAGAAGUAUGGGAAGGGUUUCAUAUCGAUGCAUUUCUCUGAUCAACAAUUGGGGACACACAAGAAGAUGCUGCUGUUCAAAUUUGCUCUCCCAGAUGCCAAGAACAUGGCUGACAUGACUCGGCUGGUGGCUCUCAUACCCUAUUACAUUGAUUUAAUCGGGCGGUACAAACUAAGUUCACAGGCAAGGUCGAAAACAGACUCAGCCAGAUCAAAGGCCGCCCAAGAGGCAUACAAAGAACAACAAAAUGCUAGACAAGAAGCCUUGCAGAAGCGGAAGGCAGAGAGGAAAAAGAUGAUGGAGGAGGCAGAGGCAAAGCUGAGCGCAGAAAUAAUCCGCAAGAAAGAGGCUAAGGAUCGUGCCCGUCAAGCGAAGAAGGCAAUGCCAAGGGUGAGGAUGACCCGUGCUCACUAGGAUGCUCUCAGUUUCUUUGCACACAUUUUGUGAGAAUUUGGUUUGGUUUUCCAUGCCAUCCACUGAAUAGAGACUUUUAGUGUCUGGUACCUACCCCUCACGGCCGGUAUACUUAAAAAGGGGUGUUUGGCAUUAAGUUAGGUGUAGUUUGGGGGAUUAUCGCAAUAUUUUGGCUUUAGUGGGAAAAUUGGACGAUGUACUGAAAUUAAAAUGGUGGUGGAGUAAUAGGGUUUCUCUUGGCUGACAUUUUAACACCUAGGAGCAACUCUAAUAAUUUGAGGUUUCCCAGGGGUUAUGUUGUUUACUUAUUUUUUACCAAAAAAAGAAAAAAGAAAAAAAACUAAUGUUUGGUUGCUUGAUGUCCAUUGGCAUCUUGGACGUCCCUGUAUUACUCUAUUAUUACGGUCUCUUAUGAUUAACCCUAAUUUGGGACUACUUACAACUUACAA